UUCCCACUUACCAGCAUGCCUUUAAGAGAAAAGAAGUCAAAAAGCAACAGACAAAGCUUUGGCUAAGAAACACAGAGAAGCACUAAACAUUUCAUUCCGUUCGUGUUUCGAAUGAAGCUGAGAAGAUUUUGGAAAGAAGAGAGCGAAUUGAAACAUAGCACAGAAGCAAUCAAGGCCAUGUCCAAGGUAGCAACCACGCUCUGCUUCGUGAUCCUGCAGUUUUUGCCUUCUUGUCGGUCACAAUCCAAGUCCCAAACUUACAUCGUUCACAUGGACGCUCGGUCCAUGCCGAAAGUGUUCCCUGACCAGCGCAGCUGGUACUUGGCCACUCUUUAUUCCAUAUCGGAGGAUGGAACAAUAUCGAAUCCUCAAGACAAGCUCAUCUACGCUUACAGGAGCUCGGUCCACGGCUUCAGCGCGACUCUCUCCCGGCCGGAGCUUGAAACUCUCAAGAGAUCCCCUCACUACGUGUCCUCUACCCGCGACCGCCCCCUCGAGCUCCACACAACACGCACUCCUGGCUUUCUCGGGCUGAACUCUGUCUCCGGCGCUUGGCCUGCUUCCGAGUAUGGCGACAAUGUGAUAAUUGGGUUUGUGGACACCGGGAUUUGGCCGGAGAGCGCGAGCUUCCGUGACGACGGGAUCCCCCCUGUUCCGGUGAGAUGGAAAGGGUCGUGUGUCUCUGGAGGCGACUUCAACGCCUCCUUGUGCAACAGGAAAAUAAUUGGAUCCCGGUUUUACCACCGGGGCUUACUAGCGAACAAUCCAGAAGCAAUUAAAGUUUCGAUGGACUCGGCACGCGACACUGCUGGCCACGGGACACAUACUUCUUCAACGGCUGCCGGCAACUGGGUGAGAGGCGCCUCUUAUUUCGGUUACGCUCCUGGAACAGCUGUAGGAGUGGCGCCGAAAUGCCGAAUCGCCGUGUACAAAGCGGUUUGGAGACAUGGGGUCUAUGCUUCAGACGUCAUUGCAGCCAUAGAUCAGGCCAUAGAGGACAGAGUCGAUAUACUGUCACUGUCCUUGGGCGUAAGCUCCGGGGACGCCAGUUCGCUUGGGCAAGAUCCGAUAGCAGUGGCGACUUUUGCUGCUAUCAAAAGGGGGAUUCUUGUGGUGGCAUCAGCUGGGAAUGAUGGGCCGCUUCAUUGGACAUUAGUCAAUGGUGCGCCGUGGCUGUUCACCGUGGGCGCGAGCACCGUAGACAGAGAAUUCCUUGGAACUUUAACAUUGGGAAACGGUGUCCGGAUCGACUUCUCAACCUUAUACCCUGGCAAACAUUUCUCUAGCCAACUUCCUAUCACAUUCAUGGAAGCUUGCGACAACGUCGAGGAAUUGGAGAGAUUUCGGGACAACAUGAUCGUGUGCGUCGCCAAACUUAUUAGCAUCGGUAAACAAAUCGAUAACGCAUUAUCUGCUAGAGUGUCCGCAGCUGUUUUCAUUUCCAGCAUCUACUUAUCAGAAUUCUACACUAGAAGCUCGUUUCCAGCUGCAUUCAUUGGCGUGCAAGCUGGUCAGGCCUUGAUAGACUACAUCACUAGGAGCAAUGAUCCCACCGGAACGCUCGAAUUCCGAAAGACCGAGCUAGGAAAAGAGCCAGCGCCGCGUGUCGAAGGGUACAGCUCAAGGGGGCCGUACUCGAGCUGCCCCGACAUCCAAAAACCCGACAUCAUUGCCCCGGGAACACUAGUAUUGGCAUCCUGGACUCCAAAUACUCCUGUUGCCAAGGUUGGAUCGGGCCGCCUUUUGUUUAGCGAUUUCGAUCUCAUGACAGGCACGUCGAUGGCCACUCCACAUGUGGCGGGUGUGGCGGCCCUAAUAAAGGCAGCGCAUCCAACAUGGACACCCGCAGCCGUGCGGUCUGCGCUCAUGACCACGGCCUAUCCCCUGGACAACACCGGGAGCUCCAUAAGAGACGCUGCGAACUUCGACCUGCCGGCCAGCCCGCUCACCAUGGGAUCGGGCCACAUAGACCCAAACAAGGCUCUCGACCCUGGGCUGGUCUACGACUUGCGGGCCGAAGACUACCUAAACCUCCUCUGCGCGAUGAAGUACAGUCCGAAGAAGAUCAAGAUCAUCGCGAAGUCCAGCCACAGCUGCAGAGACGCCUCCAACAUCUCUCUCUCCGGCUUCAACUACCCAUCUUUCAUUGCCCUUCUCGGCGGCAGCGGCGAAGCUGGUCCAGGAACCGUGGCGAGAGAGUUCAGGAGGGAGGUGACGAAUGUCGGGGAAGGCCGAUCCAGUUACAGUGCAAGAGUGGCGGGCAUGGAGGGGUGGAAGGUGAGGGUGGAACCACCGAGGUUGGUGUUCAGGCGAAGGAAUGAGAAGCUGAGGUACAAGCUCAUCGUCGAAGGGCCGAGGGUGUUGAGAGAUGGGUUGGUCCAUGGUUCUUUGAGCUGGGAGGAUGAUAAGGGCAAGUACAUUGUGCGGAGUCCCAUCGUGGCCACAAGCCUUGUUCAGGAAUCCGCUUGAAGGGCACAACUGCUGUGACCAAGUAAGCGUGUCAUGUUCUAUAUUGUUAUGACGGACGACUUUGUGCCAUUCUUUUG